AUGGGUGAUGUACAGCAAAAUAACACGACCAGUGCUGGAAUAGGUGCCGCCAGUGUGACGGUUGCUGCUCUACAUUCAGCCGCACGUGCCGCUAAUAAGGUCGAUUCUACCUCAGCAUCUCCUAACAUCGUCAAAGGAGUGCUUGGAUUCGCGUCGUUUGCAACUUUGGCUGCUGGACUCCGUUCUGCGUGGAAGCAUACUAGACAACCCGAAGCCGCAGACUUGCGAAGGGCACAGGUCCUAUCGGGAGUAGGAUUUGCGAGUAAAGCACUUGGAGUUGCUACGAUAAUCACAGUGUCCGGGUUUUCACUAUUCAUCGUCGGGAUUUCGUGGGUUCUGAACGUGAACACUCCGCGCCAGUUUGGCAGCGCCAUGCGCGAAGCCUUUGGAGAUUCACUGCGAUUACCACAGAGUCAGAACUCUCAAACUUUCGAAGAGUUAAUACUUAGUAUUGAGGCCCAACAACAAUCCAACCCUGCGCCGAAAACGGAACAAAAUCUUUCUACUCCACCUUCGAAUUCUGCCGUUGGAACAGGGAUGCUUACGCUGUGUGUUCUGCUUACAUUACUUUUCCUCGUCAUUUUGUUGUUGUUUUCACUACGCAGUAAUAGGCCGCUACCAAUUCGACCAUCUUCGAAGGUCCUCCUAGUCAUCGCUCAUCCGGAUGAUGAAACGAUGUUCUUUGCUCCUACUUUACGAGCGCUCUCUCUCGCAGGUCAUCGUAUUUUCAUGCUUUGCGUCUCCAACGGCAACUAUGAAGGACUUGGGCGAAAAAGAACGUACGAACUUCGAGAUGCUGUAUACCAUCUUGGAGUUUCGCCUUCGGACGUUACAGUUCUCGAUUAUGAUGCGUUUCAAGAUGGAGAGCAAUGGGAUAAACAGGGGCUGGGCUGUGUUUUGUUGAGACAUAUGGAGGUACUUUCUGUCGACUUGGUGUUGUCCUUCGAUACUGGCGGUGUGUCUGGUCAUAGGAAUCAUUCCUCAUGUUUUGAAGCAUUACAAGAAGUAUACACUCGUGGAGUUAUUCCCGAAGAUGUGCAGAUCUUCGUGCUUGAUUCCGUAUCGUUGUUUCGGAAGUAUCUGGGCAUAUUCGAUGCUCCGUUCUCCGUUGCCCGUUCUCCUUUCCACUACUUUGCCAGAGGUCGUGACGUAGCAGCUGCAUGGCGCGCUAUGCACACUCAUCGCUCACAGUUUGUAUGGUUUCGAUUUCUGUAUAUGAUUUUCAGCAGAUAUGUUUACAUCAACACCUUUCGCCGUAUUGCGCCAGUCAACAAAAUCCCAGUGGCGAAACGUAAAUGCAAGUCCAGCUGA